CACGACUCCAGCCCCACAUGCGUUUGCAAUCAGACCGGGAUUAGAGCGCACCAGGGCGGGCGGCUGCCUGGGACCCCACGCGAGACGGACAGGCGCCCCCGGGGGGACGCGAGCAUGGGCCGGGCAGGGGUCGCCGCCUCGCUGCUGGCGCUGGGGCUCCUCGUCCUGCGUGGAACCGCUGCAAGCGCAGCAGAGGAGCAAUGCGGCCAGACCGAGUUCCGGUGCCAGGACGGCGAGUGCAUCCCCUCCAAGUGGGUGUGCGACGGCAGCCCAGAGUGCAAGGACGAGUCCGACGAGUGGCUGGAGACCUGCAAGUCGGUGACGUGCAAGUCGGAGGAGUUCGGCUGCGGGGGCCGCGUUAACCGGUGCAUCCCGGCCUCCUGGCGGUGCGACGCCAAGGCUGACUGCGAGAACGGCGCCGACGAGCGGGAUUGCGCCCCGAAGCGCUGCAUGGACGACCAGUUCCAGUGCCGCAACGGGCAGUGCCUCUCCUUGGCCUUCGUCUGCGACGAGGACCACGACUGCGAGGACGGGAGCGACGAGGCCGACUGCCCCGCCCCGACCUGCAACCCGGACAUGUUCCAGUGCAACAGCUCCCUCUGCAUCCCCAAGCUGUGGGCCUGCGACGACGACCCCGACUGCCCGGACGGCUCCGACGAGUGGCCCCAGAACUGCGGUGGGCGGCCGGCCCCCGCCCCUGGGCCCUGCUCGCCGCUGGAGUUCCACUGCGGCUCCGGGGAGUGCAUACACGCGCAGUGGCGCUGCGACGGGGGCUUGGACUGCCGGGAUCGCUCGGACGAGGAGAACUGUGCGAAGCCCACGUGCCGCCCGGACGAGUUUCAGUGCAGCGACGGGGCCUGCGUGCACGGCAGCCGGCAAUGCGACCAGGAGUACGACUGCAAAGACCUGAGCGACGAGGUCGGCUGCGAGAACGUGACUGCCUGCGAAGGGCCUGACAAGUUUAAGUGCCGCUCUGGGGAGUGCAUCGCUCUGGACAAAGUGUGCAACCGGCAGCGGGAUUGCAGGGACUGGUCCGACGAGCCCAUCAAGGAGUGCGAUACAAAUGAGUGCCUGGCCGACAAAGGCGGCUGCUCCCACAUAUGCAAAGAUCUCAAGCUUGGCUACGAGUGCCUGUGUCCUGAGGGCUACCAGCUGGUUGGCCAGAAGAAAUGUGAAGAUAUUGACGAGUGUCUGAACCCCGACACGUGUAGCCAGAUCUGCGUGAACCUGGAGGGAAGUUACAAGUGUGAAUGUAACGAAGGUUACCAGCUUGACCUCACUACCAAAACCUGCAAAGCCAUCGGCACCAUCGCGUACCUCUUCUUCACCAACCGCAACGAAGUGCGGCGCAUGACGCUGGAUCGCAGCGACUACGGCAGCCUCAUCUCCCACCUGAAACACGUGGUGGCUUUGGACCUGGAAAUCGCCGAGCGCAAAAUCUACUGGUCUGACCUGUCUCAGAAGAAAAUCUACAGCACCCGGCUAGACCAGGCUGACAACUCUACCCACCACACCACUGUGAUCAGCACCGGCCUCCGAGCCCCCGACGGCAUCGCCGUCGACUGGGUCCACGGGAACAUCUACUGGACGGACUCGGCGCUGGGCACCGUCUCCGUGGCCGACAGGGAGGGCGCCAAGAGGAAGACCCUGAUCGAGGAGCCCGGCUCCAAGCCACGUGCCAUCGUGGUGGACCCCAGCCACGGCUUCAUGUACUGGACGGACUGGGGGACUUCUGCCAAGAUUGCCAAGAGCGGGUUGAAUGGCGUGGACAGCUUCCCGCUGGUGACAGACGGCAUCGAAUGGCCCAAUGGAAUAACUCUAGAUCUGGUAAACCAGCGCCUCUACUGGGUGGACUCCAAGCUGCACUCCAUCUCCAGCGUGGGCGUCAACGGGGGCAGCAGGAAAACGGUCCUCGAGGACCAGGAGAGACUGGCUCACCCUUUCGCCGUCACCGUCUUUGAGGAUAAAGUGUUCUGGACCGAUAUCCUCAAUGAAGCCAUCUUCAGCGCCAACCGUCUGACCGGCGCCAACGUCACCCUGGUGGCGGAAGACUUGUUUUCCCCAGAAGAUAUCGUCCUGUAUCACAACCUGCGACAGCCGGCAGGCAUCAACUGGUGCGAGAACCAGCCUCUCCCGAACGGCGGCUGCGAGUACCUGUGCCUGCCGGCCCCCCAGAUCACACGCCACUCGCCCAAGUACACCUGUGCCUGCCCCGAUGCCCUGCACCUCGCUGUGGACAUGAGGAGUUGCACCAAAGAUCCGGAAGUCCCCGCCGCCCCCAGCACCACGCCUCUGGCCCGGCUGCUCACCACGACCAGCGCGCUGAAGCAGACAGCAAGGCCACCGGCUGCCACGGCUGGGGUGCCGAACACGCAUGCCAGGGACGGCCCUGACCUCACCACGUCCGAGAUGGUCACUCUCUCCCAGCAGGCUCGCAACGACGUGGCUGCUGAGACCAACCAGGACAAGCACAGCGGCCCCACUGCGCUCUCCGUUGUCUUGCCACUGGUGCUCAUUAGCUUAAUCGCCUUCGGUGCGUUCCUGGUGUGGAAGAACUGGCGCCUCAAGAACAUCAACAGCAUCAACUUCGACAACCCCGUCUAUCAGAAAACGACCGAGGACGAGGUUCACAUCUGUCGGAGCCAGGAUGGAUACACGUACCCAUCGAGACAGAUCGUCAGCUUGGAAGACGACGUUGCGUGAACCUGGGAGGUGCCUCCUGCCAGACUUUGCUGCUCGUUUCACGGGAGGGAGGGACGCGCCACGUCUUUCUCCCCCCGGACUUUUUGAUUCUUUAACGACCAUCCAACCCGCCCGCAGUGCCGCGCCACUUCCUGAGUACCUUGAUGAGCCUGCGCUGCUUCUCCCCCAACACACUGGUUGCUUGGCGCUCGGGGGAGGAGACGCAUGUGGUUUGACUCUUGGGUUUUUUAUGUUUUAUAUAUUUAAUACUUUUUGUAUCCGAUGCCGUCGAUUUUUUCCCCCCGCGGACCUACCUGCUGGUUUUCUUCCGUUUGAUCUGGGACAGGAGGAGAAUUUUUCUUGCGUGUGAAGGAGAAAAGAAAUCGGGCGGGUGGAAAGAAACACAACGUCUCUGGAUGUAAGCUGGGAGUCCCCCCACGCCUACAGCUGGUCGAUGUCACUAAAGGACUAACGGCAGGGAGGAAGGAUGGAGCCAGAUCUGUAUCAGGGACUUAAAAACCAAAUCGGUGCUGCCAUCACAUCUGUACUCCGUGUCUGUCUGCGUGCGCCCCCUCUGGGGAAUGGAUGUUUGCUUAGAUCUGGAAUCCCGCCCCCCACCCCGACACACGCACAAUGUACCAUCUCCCUUUCCCAAGCAGGAUAAGUCUUCAGACCCUCCCCCCGCCCCCGGGCAGAUAUGGCACAACCCAGGUGCUUCUCUCGGUCGGUGACGCUGGCAUGGCUCAUGCUGAACAGGACGGUUCCUCGGAGAUGGGCCGGUGGGUGCCGAUUGUCAUCGCCGGGUUCAAACGCUGGAACCUCUUCCCCCACCCGCCUUGCACUUUUUUGGGGUUCUUUUCAGGGGGGUUGUGUAUUUUUUUUUGCACGGUCUUUUGUUUUUUCCCUCCCUCCCUCUUGCGCUGCAGGGUUGGCGGGGGCCGCAAGGAAGAAAUCCAGGUCGGGUUCAAAGAGGUGUCGUUGCAUUAGCCUCUGUGUCUGGCUGGGAGGGCAGAGAGGAACCGCUUGUGCUGGCCGGGGCAGUAGGGAACGUACGCCAUGCGAGCGUGGCCUGACUCUUCUUACCGUUAACGGUUGCCACAUGCCUUAGCACUUUGAGUCUUGGUAACGUCUAAGCCAGCUGCGCGCGCCCC